AUGGGGCAUGCAGCCAGCACCUGUUGUGCUAAAGAUGAGACGCCAGAUGCUGUCGAAGACAUUCACGCUGGUUCCAACAGGCCUUCCGGUGCCACGACCCAGCCUGCUGUACUUUCCGAUGCGGCCAUCACUUGGCAAAGCAUCGAUCUUACACACAGUGGCAGCUCCCUUAGCUUGCUGCGGGGCAUAUUUCUUUGCAAGACGUUGCGGGGCGGAGGAAGCGUUUGGCGGCGUAAGCCUGCAAAUUUGACGGAUGAGCAGCUAUCUGUCAAUUUUGCGCUUUCCGAGCCAGUUCGAAGCCUUGACGUUUUCUUGUCCCAUACUUGGCUGACACCAGGAAGGUGGAAGUUCUUGUCGCUUCUUGUCCGCUAUGGCUGGCCCACCAUGUUGGUUGCGUGGGCAUCUGGUACAGCACUGUCUUGCCUCUUUACUUUGCUCGGUGUGCUGCCACUGUUCUACGAAUGGGAAUUCCGGGGUAUGGACUUUCCUGAGGUCAUGUCCAUGGGCUUCUGGGCUACCCUGGCAGGCGUAGCUUCCUCCGCUGGAGGGUUGCUGCUGUCCCCCUACAUGUGCGGCAAGGACCGCAGAUGUUUCCUGGAUUGCACCUGCAUCGAUCAGACCGACGAGGCCCGGAUGCAAGAAGGAAUCCGCAACAUCGGAGGCUUCCUCCAAUCAGCUGAGGAGCUACAUGUCUUGUGGAGUGCCCCGUACCUGACGAGGUUGUGGUGCGUGUUCGAGCUUGCAGCAUACCACAAACUCAACCCUUCCGGAAAAAUUACAAUUGCGCCCGUCUUCGUGGAAGCCAUCGUGUGCUUGCUCUUCAUGUACCUGCAUGUGGCGUCCUGGCUCUUUGUGGCUCUGAGGAUCAGUUCAACUGGUGGCACAUUGUGGAUAUGGAUUCUCUUAGCUUGCAUGGCUGGAUCCUUCUUCCCGCUAAUGCACGCAUGCCGACACAUCUGCAGCUAUAAGCGAGUUAUGUUGGCCAACUUGGGCAACUUUGACUUUGAGAAUUUGGCGUGCGCGCAUGAGUGCGACAGGGCCAUCAUCCGGGAAGCUAUAGUGCGCUGGUAUGGCAGCGUGGAUGCUUUUUCGGAAUUUGUCCGAGGCCCGUUCUGCAAGGUAGUACAUGACUCCGUCAAGACUCCAGGAGGUAUGCCUUUGGGAUAUGUGUUGAUGCUGGCGACCCCUGGCUUGAACACUGCUUUGGACUUCUGCCUCUCUUUGUUGCGUACGAAUGCUCCCGUCGAAGCUGUUUGGACCUACUCUGCAGUCAUCUUAGCAUUGGCUGUCUUGGUCUACCCUGCCGUCUUUGGUUGUGGUCUCUAUGCCUGCGACCGAUGGGCCAGAGAUUGGUGGGCAGUUCUGAAGAACUAA